AUGGAAGAUAACUUAGUGUCACUUGAAAAAUUGGAGAGACACUAUAGUCAAGAAGCCUCAAAUUUAUCCAUGCCAGAAAAUAUUGAAGAACAAACUGAGAACUUUGUUGUUGAUGUUUUGGAGAGUAAACUAUUAGUGGGUACGAUUGUGAGUAAUCUUGAAGAUGUUUAUUUAUUAUAUUGUCAAUAUGCACAUGCCAAAGGAUUUAGUGUGAGAAAAGGUGAUCAAAGAUGUUUUCCUCAUACUAACGAGCUUCAAUCAAAGGAAUUUAAUUGUUCAUGUGAAGGUUUGAAAGACGAAAAAAGGUCUAGUAAUAAAAUUCCAGUUUAUCAAAAAUUGGUCACUAGAACUAACUGCAAAGCCAAAUUGAAAAUUACAAGGGAGAAAGAGGGUGAAUGGAAGGUGAGUAGAUUUGUUAUGGAGCAUAACCAUGAGAUGUUUGCACCUGAUCAAACUCAUUUGUUGAGAUCAGCACGCAAUAUAUCAUAUGCAAAAAAGUCUACUCUAGAAGCUAUGGUAAAUGCUGGAAUAUCUAUCUCUAAUGCUGUUUCUUUUAUGGAAAAUGAAGCAUGUGGGCCAGAAAAUUUAGGUUUUGUUAGAAAGGAUGCAUAUGAUCAUUUGAAUCGGUUGAGAAGACAUACGAAAGUUGAGAAUGGAGAUGCUACUGCACUUAUUCAAUAUUUUAUAAGUAAGGCGAAUAAAGAGACUUACUUUUACUGGAAUGUGCAAUUGGAUGAUGACGAUAGGAUGAUGAACUUUUUCUUUAGGGACUAUAGAUGUGCGGUUGAUUAUGAAUAUUUUGGUGAUGUUCUAUCGAUUGAUACAACCUAUAGAACAAACAAGUAUAAUUUGAUAUGUGCUCCAUUUGUUGGUAUAAAUCAUCAUAUGCAAAAUGUUUUGUUUGGCUUGGCAUUUAUGUCAGAUGAAACCGAAAGUUCUUUUGAAUGGUUGUUUAGAACAUUUCUUGAUUCUAUGAAUGACAAACAACCUCAAACAAUCUUUUCAGACCAAUGCCAAGCCAUGAUGAAUGCCAUUGAAACAGUUUUUCCAGAUUCACAUCAUCGUUUAUGUCAAUGGCAUAUAAAUCAAAAUGCGCCCUCACACUUUGGAAGUUUAAAUGGUGAUCGAGCUUUUAAAAGUUUGUGGCAUAAAUGCAUGACAUAUUGUGAGUCUGAAAUUGAAUUUGAGACCAUAUGGAAAUAUAUGAUUGAUAAAUAUCAUCUGGAUGAUCAUAAUUGGUUGAAUGGAAUAUACAAACUUAGGAGAAAAUGGGCUACUGCGUUUAGUAAUGAAAAGUUCAGUGCGGGACUUUUGGCUACUUCAAGGAGCGAGGUCACAAAUAUGGUUUUGAAAAAGGCAGGUAAUAAAAUGAGUUCUUUGUAUGAAUUUGUGAUGAAUUAUCUAAAGAUUGAAGAUAAUUGGCGGGUAAAAGAGAAGACCGAGGAUACUCGUUGUCGUCAUGGUAAGCCUUCACAAAUUUUGAAAAAACAUCCAUUGUUGAUUCAUGCUGCUGAUGUUUAUACACUUACCAUAUACCGAUUAUUUGAGGUUGAAUUGGUUAAUUCUUUGAAUUGCAAAUAUGUUGAAGCACCAUCUUAUUUUGGUAAUGAUUCGAAUUUGGUCGAGAUCAAAGUAAAAUCUCAUGAUGAAAAUUCAAGGGUUAGACACGUGAUGUUCAACAGACAGAAUCAUGAGAUAAAGUGCAGUUGUCACAAGUUUGAGACAAUGGGAAUAUUGUGUAAGCAUGCUUUGAUGGUGUUUAACUCUAUGGAUGUCACUAUUUUACCAAACUGUUACAUUUUAAAGAGAUGGACGAAAAAUGUAAGAAAUAGAAUUAUCUCUGAUUUUCAAGAAAGUAAAAGUGGUGGUCAUGUAUCUGAGAUGGUAUUUGUCAACCAAGUAAUGAGAUCGAUAUACGAUCUAACUCAACUGAGCAAACCUCAUGAGGAUGCGAGAAAAAUAUUAUGUAGAUUGCUUGACAACGCAAAAGAUGAAAUCUCCGAACUUGUCUCGAAUUUGAAUAUAGAAGAUGAGAUACCAUGUGAUGAUAUUCAAAAUGAUGGAAUAUAUGUACGUAACCCACUCACUGCUAAAGCAAAAGGAGUUACAAAUGCAAAUAUUACACGACAUUGGGAUACUAAAAGCAAAAAAGGAAAAGGAAAGGGAAAAGCUCAAAUUUCAAGUGCAAAAAGAGCAAAAAAGAAGGGUCAAAAUUCACAAGAUGCCGCAAACACACAUGAAAUGAAUUAUAUAUCAUCACAACAACACUCAAAUUCCACUUUAUUGCAAUAUAUGUCGUCGGCACCUUCUCAAUUUAUAUCUCCGUAUGGACACAAUUAUCAUUUCAAUAUGCUUGACAGUCCUCAUUUGGGGGGUUUUCAUCCAUCACAAUUUUCGGGGUCUCCAUAUCACUUUGGGGGUUCUCAUACAUCACAAGGGCACGAUCCUGAUAACUGA